CUCCACCUGGUCCCAGACCGCUACCUUUUGUGGGAACCAUACCAUAUAUUUUUUUAAAGAACCCAAUGGAGUUCAUAAGAUCAGCAAGUCUUUCUUUGAACUUGUUGUAUAGGGGCUUUGUUUUUGUUGAAAGGUGUCUUAUGUUCUUACUCUGUAAAAUUUCCAUGCUAUGUUGACUUCAUUCACAGGUGAGACAAUGUCUAAGCCACCUUAGUUGUGUUUAAGUGCUGUGAAAUCUUCUCUGAGCAGUUAUCUCAGCAUGGAGAGAUGACCACUGUCUAUCUUGGGAGAAAGCCAGCAAUACUCCUCAAUACAAUCCAGGUCAUGAAGGAAGCCCUGGUCCAAAAUUCUUCAUCUUUUUCAGGAAGGCUUCCCAUUCCACUGCUAAUCUGGAUCACUUGCAUACAGGUGCUGUAUGUAAUUUGUUUUGACCGUACUAAAGCAUAAAAAAUAUUUGCAGAUGUUUAGAAACCAUGCCAAGUUCACAUACCCGUUUCUUCGAAAAAUGCUACAGCUAGUUAUUCUAUUUUGAAAAGUUUGUUCUGUGUCGGAAUGUCUGAUUUUGUUUUGGUCUGUGUGAUAUUUUCCCCCCCCCCCCAAUAGUAUUUUGAUACCCCGGGUUGCCAGUUGGCAUACAAAAUAGCAUAUUGCAGCCAUGGAAGCCAGCAAGCGAACUGGGUCAGAGAUCACAGAUUCUUCCCAACCUAAAAACCCUCAGCAUCCAUCUAAAAAGAUCUAUGACCAGAGGCAUAUUUCAAUAAUCAACUUAAAGUGAAAGGCUCGUUGCCUUCCAUUGUCCUCAAUCUUGCAAUCUGGAGAAACAUUACUUUGAAUGUGGACUUCUGCAUUUCAACUGUUAGCUGUCAAUAUUACAUUCUGCACCUUUAAAUUGAAAAUUGAAAAAGCAAAUUAAUUGCAAAUUGUUGAUAGGUGCCAUAACCAAUAGCUCUUUAUUGUAAAUUUCAUACAAUGGCUUUAUAAUAGAGACCUUGCUAGAAAAUGAAGCUAAAACCAGCUUCUUGCAUGGGUUUUUGUAGCUGGAUCUGAGCCUCAAGUUAUUUGGUGAUCUGGAUGUGGGCUUCUGCCAACCAAUGACUCCAAGGUCAACUUUUUAGACCAUCUUGGUCAAGAUUUUAGGCUGGUAGACCUAUGAACCUGUUUAAGUUGUUUAAUCGUCUUUUUUAAAUCAACUUGAACUUGUGUAUUUUCAAGGAACCCUGAAGUUCUGUUCACUCUCUAUGAGAUAUAGUAAUGGCCACAUUUGGUCACUCCUGAAAGCAGCAGAGACUGUUUGCUCCACACACCCUCAGGAACUUUGGCCUGGGGAAGAAGUCUUUGGAGGAACGUGUGACAGAGGAAAGCAGUUACCUGGUUCCUAAAAUGCUCAAAUUGAAAGUUUAUUGAGAAUUUUAGCCUCUGUUUGAACUUUUUCAGUGUUCAGAGGUGCUGUAGACUCUCAGUCAUGUGCAACCUCAUCCUGUUGAGUCUUUAAACAUGCUAUUUCACGCAAGCAUGUGGACAUAAUGAUUGGCCAAAAUAUUUCAAGUACGUUUAUUUGUUCUUGUUGCUGGGGUGGUCACAAGCCUCAGUAUUUAGGUUAGCUUCAAAUGCCAUUAAACCGGAUUUGAUGUUAUAGCUAUUUAAAUUAAUUUACUUGGCUUGAUUCUCUUAAAAGUAUUAAAACAGUACUUGCCAGAGACUAACACAUGGUUUUCUUUGUUGAAGGCAAGUUUUUUGACCCCCCAACAUGCAGAAUCACAGGAAGAUGUUCCUCCAGUAGCAGGACUGGAAACUCAUGCAGUUGAUGCCGCGUAGCUAUACAAAGACUUUUUCUUUUCCAGGUGUUUCCAGUUUCUGGCUACACCAGAAAAUUUAUCAGAAUGAAACAGAGUUGAAAGCUUUCAUCAGAGAAGCAGUCAAAACACACAGAGAAACUCUGGAUCCAGACAGUCGGGACUUUAUUGAUGCCUACCUGCUAGAGAUUGAGAGAGUGAGAUCAUCAUAAACAACCACUGUAAAACCUGUAUAAUUCACUCUUUGGUAGUUAGUGGGAGUUUCAAUCCCAGUCCUAACUCUGAGUGGUUGUCAGGAUUUUUUUUUUUUUUCAGGAUCAACCAUAUCCUAGUGGUGAAAUCACGGUAAGCUGCUAGGGAACUAAAUAUGCUUUGAUGAACUGAAAUGCUUUCUUUUUACCUUGGAGCAGCAAAAGUCCAACGAGGACUCAACAUUUCAUCAGGAUAACAUGGUUAUGUCAGUUGCUGACCUUUUCCUGGCUCAUCUUCUUGACUCAAAACCCAGAUGUACAAGCUUUAGUUUCAUCGCAGAGCGAUGUCACGAGGAGAUUGUUCGGGUGCUGGGUCAUGGCCGCUUGCCCAACAUGGAUGACCGUGACAAACUAUCGUACACGUACACCACUGUUAAUGAGUUUCAGCGCUGUGCCAACAUUGUACCCUCUGGCGUGUUUCAUGAAAUGACUCGGCCCACAAAUCUACGAGGAUACAACAUUCCCAAGGGCACCGAGAUAUUUACUAACUUAAGAGCAAUUUUAAGUGAUAAGGAGCACUGGAAGUACCCAGACACUUUUAACCCAGAGAAUUUCUUAGAUGGCAAUGGACAGUUCUUCAAAUCAGAGUCUUUCCUCCCUUUCUCCUUGGGUCCGAGGGUCUGUCUCGGUGAGACCCUAGCUAAGAUGGAGCUCUUCCUCUUCAUCACCUCGCUCUUACAGCGGAUUCGUUUCUCCUGGCCACCUGGUGCGAAGUGGCCAGCCAUGAAUGGGAUUGUCCGUUUAGUCCGUUCUCCUGAGCCAUUCAACAUCAUCUGCCACAGCAGAGGAUCCACAGAGUGA